AUGUACAAGGAAUACCGCGACAGCAUCUCUUCGUUCAAGGAAACAAGCUCCUUAAAGAUCGUGACGAAACUCAGCAGGCAAAAGGAAGUCAGGAGAAGGAAACGGCAGGCCAGAAAAGCGAAUCAGGAUCUGCAAGAACAUUUCUAUGCUUCAUCCUCCGGCACUUCAGAUGCGUCGUCCACUACCGCGGAAUCUGGGUCUCCACCAGGUUCUGGCCUUGGAGAUGAGAAUAUCCGACAAUGGGCUUUGGGCAUUGAGGACGUGCCGCCGCUGCCUCCGCUGCCUUUUAUGAAGGUUAAGGUGCACUUCCAUGAAUUCCUCUUUGUGAUUUUGGUCCCAAUGGUGACAGAGUAUGGAUAUCUGGUGGAAAGGAUUUGGCGGAAGGUUCGGCUUUGUGGGGGUUGUCCUGAUGAUGGGCUGCUGCGGGUGCGUUACCGGGAUGAGGAUGGAGACCUUAUCACGAUAGGUUCGACGGACGACGUCCAGAUGGUGUUUGAGGAGCACCGACCAGGAGGAUGUGUUACGGUCUUCGUCUCAUAA